GUCCUGGACCCGAGGAACCAAGUGUAUUAUUACCCACUCAUGCAAGCAAACAUUUCUUUAUUUGUAAUGUGGUUAAGAAAGCUAACUAAAUCUCUGUUAAACAUGUCAUCUUUGUAAGGAAUAAGCAUGUGUUUUUUAUUAUUUUGUGGUUAAGGUUAUCUACAGUAGGUUAGACUGCAAGCAGAAUUCAGUAAUUAGGCUAACAGGAUAAAAUACCGUAUUACCUGCUAUUCAUAGCAGAUUUAUAGUAGCUUUUUAAUAUAAAACUAAAUAAUUUCUCUACCAUUGUCAGUAUUGUAAAGGAAAUUAAUGAAUGUGAUGAUUUCCGUGAGUUGACCAUUUUUAAUAGACCAGUCUGUUACAAACAUAUCCUUAACCUUUCUCAAUUGUUCGGUUUUAUUUGACUUAGUCUAUUUUCUUUUAAUUAACAGUUUGUAUCAUGAAAUUAUAUGAGAGCAAUGUUUUUAAUAUGUUUUUAGUAUUUUCUAAACAUUAGUGUCAAAUAAGUAAUGUAGCAAUAUGGCAGACUCCAAAGAUCCAGGGAACUGCUGACAUAUUUGAGUCAGCAGCUUUGCAGUAUCAUCUCCAUAAUAUAAAUUGAUGCUUCAUUAUAAACACAUGCUGUUUGGGUGUAUCAAUGAAGCGGAAAUAUUGCAGAGUCAAUGAUCAUUUAAUUAAAGUUAAGUUUUCAAAGUUUGUUUCUACUCACACACUGGUCCAGCGAGGCCACCUUCACUCCGUACCUCGACACUCCCAGUAUCAUCUCUUCGUCUCCGGGCACAAAGGGCAGCUUUCCAUCUUGCUGUGAAAGGAGCAGAGUAUUUAUGGCGUCUUCAUAACUGAAAGAUGUGAUAUCGACUGCUGUACGUCUUCUCAAAGUGUGUGGCCUUCAGCUUUUUACCUGAGCAGCAUCGAUAUAGUUGAUGAGGUCCAGAGGCUCCUGCAGGGACUUGCUCAUGUCAAACUGUAACCUCUCAAUGGCUCCGAGAUACUUCACCCUGAACUCAGCGCAUGUUUCAGACGUGCUGUUACCUUUGGAGAGUAAAUAACAUUUCCUUUAAGACUAAACACUUGACUAGGACUACAUGUAAACCUUUAGUGUUUAAGUGUUACCUCUUAAUAUAGGUUUUCAUUGAACUUGAUUUUUAUAAAACACAUUUUCCUCAUAUUGUGCAGUCAUACCAUAAGCUGCAUCUUUGGAUAAUUCGGGUAGAAAAACUGAUUGAAAAUGUCAUUGAUUCUGUUAUUGGCAAUAAUACACAUAAUUCAUAAACAGUUAUUGAUCAGUUUGGGUUAUAAUCAAACAAAUUGCUCCCAAAUAAAAGCAGUUGGCUGGACUAAAUGAAACAUAAAGCAAAUUGAAAUCAAACAACUUAAGUGUUAAUUAAUACAACAUUUAUAGAAUCAGAAUCAUAAACAGGUUUAUUACCAGGUAGGUUAACACAUACGAGGAAUUUGACUUGGUGUUGUGGUGCAUACAUCAAAAUAAAACUAUUUUAAGAAAACUAUAAUAACAUUAAAAAAUAUAUAGUAAAAUAUAUGGUCUCUGUAUGCUCUGCUACAUACAUAAAAAAACUCAUUCAGAAAAAAAAAGCGUAGAAAGCUGACCUGAGCUCUUGGUGGAGUCGGUGUCGAGGCUGGCGGCGGUGCUGGAUCUGGAGAGCCCCCCCAAACUGGAGUCCACAGACUACAUGAAUUGGAAACAAGAGGGGGGGUGGUUGCUCAACAAGAGGAAAGUGGCUCUCCUGUAACAUGUAUGUGUGUGUAUGUAUGUGUGUGUGUGUGUACAUUUGCUUACUUUGCUUUUGGUGCUGAUCUCACUGCUUUGCGAGCUGCUGCUACUGUGCCGCUUUUUGACUUUCCGGAACAUCCUUCACCAUGACGACAGCAUCCAGCCCUCCAGCCUCUCCAAAACCUGAGUCAUCACAGACGGCUGCGUUAAACACAGGACUGCCUUCUCACGUCUCAAUAGACAUGAUGAAUAAUUGAAUGAGGUCUAAGUUCUGAAUAAUUGAUGGUGGACCUUCAGCUACAUAAUGAUCCUUCAGCUAUCCUUUGCAUGGUUUAAUAGUUACUGUAACAGCUGCAAAUGUGUUCACAUUAUAGGAGUGUUAGUUACUAAAGAUGUAUUUAUUUAGGACGUCUCAAGAUCUCUUUUAAAGGACAAACCUGAGAUCAACACAAUGCAUUCAUUACAGAUUGGUUUGCAAGGAAUUGAUAAAUACAAAUGUGCAUCCAAUAGCUUUUAAGGAUCUCCUGCUAACGUUCGAUAUCAAUCAAUUUAAAAAACAGCAUUGUCCUCAAAAUAUAUAUAUUUUGUUAACAUUGCGUCUAAAUUGACUUCAAAAACCAGAAAUUCAGGUUGACGCUUCACCUUUCUAUUGUGCCAUACACUCAUUUUUAAAUGGUGACUGUUUCAAUAAUUAUUAAUAUAUAGGGAUGACCAUCUCUGAUCUCUAUCUAUUGUACAGUUGAAUGUUCUGUAGAUGUAAACAUUAAUAUGGGAAUAAUAGUGUAAUACAUAGUAUUUUUGUUGUGCUUGUAAUACUGAGUGAAUAUGUUUAUUCAAAUACUAUUAUUUAUCUAACUUUGAGGCUGAAAUGUAUUGAAACUAGUAAUACUGCUUUAGAGGUGUUGUGAAAAGUGGCACCAGUUAAAUUGGAAACCAUUUACACCUGCUACUGUAAAAAAGACUUCUCCCCAUUCUCUAUCAUGUCAUGUCAGAGUGAAAUACUAUUGCAGGUCCUAUUGAUGGAGUCACACCGGGGGGAGAGGUUGGGCUUGGGGGGCAUAAACUAUUUACAACAGAGAGCCCCCCACGACUAAUGUCACACCAGACAAUACAAUCAACAGGUUACGUUUGACUUGAACGCAUCAUUUAUCUAGCAACCUUACUUGCAUGCUCCGAAUAAUACAUUGCUCGUUAAUGAUGCUGUAUAUUAUACAUGCAUGAAACUCAUCCUACUCCACCUUAAAUGUCCCCCACCGCAGUCAUUUUCACACUGAAGUUGAAAAGGAUUCACAGGUGGUUGGCAAUGACACACGUAACAUCUUAAAUAGAGCUCGCUACACAAUGAAUACCUGUUUAUAUCGUAACUUCUCAGUUUUAAUUUCUUCAAAGUAGCUUUCUGUUUACCUUCAGUUUGACUCUUUAGCUUCCCUUUGAGUUUCACAGCCUACACCCAACACCACUUAAAGGGGACGCGACGAAGUUUCUAAGACAGAAAAUGUAUCCGAAAGCCAUGUGUAUAACACAUUUUGUGAGUUUCUAGAAAGUGUUAUAUUUAUGAUGAACGUAACUGUUUGUAACAUUUAAUAAUUUUGUUAAUUUAUAUUCGUUACGGCAAAAACCGGCUAACGGCUGUCCCGGAACUUCUGCCGCUUCUGAAUUCUUGUCGGCUAUAUUUUGACACCCCACCGGAACUGUGACGUCACCUCCCCUCAUUUAUAAACAGUGCAGCACAGUAUGAACGCAUUUAUCACUUCUAUAUUUUAAACUGUCCUGCAACAUUUUGCAUGGCAACAAAACGCAAAGUAGAGGUGAUUGUUCCCGCAGAGGAGAGCGACCAGCUCCUAAUUCGUCCACUGGGUGCUGGUCAGGAGGUUGGGAGAUCAUGCAUCAUUCUGGAGUUCAAAGGAAGGAAAAUUAUGCUGGACUGUGGUAUCCACCCUGGCUUGGAGGGAAUGGAUGCUCUCCCGUACAUAGACUUGAUCGACCCGGCUGAGAUAGCCCUGCUGCUCAUCAGCCAUUUCCACUUGGAUCACUGUGGAGCUCUGCCCUGGUUCCUCCAGAAGACCAGCUUUAAAGGCAGGACCUUCAUGACCCACGCCACUAAGGCCAUCUACCGCUGGCUACUGUCGGACUACGUCAAAGUCUGCAACAUUUCUGCAGAUGACAUGCUGUACACUGAGACUGACCUGGAGGAGAGCAUGGAUAAGAUUGAGACCAUCAACUUCCACGAGGUGAAGGAGGUGGCUGGAAUAAAGUUCUGGUGCUACCACGCUGGCCAUGUGCUGGGAGCCGCCAUGUUCAUGAUCGAAAUAGCUGGAGUCAAGCUGCUGUACACAGGAGACUUCUCCCGACAGGAAGACAGGCAUCUGAUGGCAUCGGAGAUCCCCAGUGUCAAACCGGACAUCCUAAUCAUAGAGUCAACCUAUGGCACGCACAUCCAUGAGAAGAGGGAGGAGCGGGAGGCUCGGUUCUGUAACACAGUCCAUGACAUUGUCAACAGAGAAGGUCAUUGUUUACUCCCUGUGUUCGCUUUGGGCCGGGCCCAAGAGCUGCUGCUCAUCCUGGAUGAGUACUGGCAGAACCACCCUGAGCUCCAUGACAUCCCCAUCUACUACGCUUCAUCCCUGGCCAAGAAGUGCAUGGCCGUGUACCAGACGUACGUCAACGCAAUGAACGACAAGAUCCGCAAGGCCAUCAAUAUCAACAUCAACAACCCUUUUGUCUUCAAGCACAUCAGCAACCUCAAGAGCAUGGAUCACUUCAAUGACAUCGGCCCCAGCGUGGUGAUGGCGUCUCCGGGUAUGAUGCAGAGCGGGCUCUCCAGAGAGCUGUUUGAGAGCUGGUGCACUGACAAGAGGAACGGAGUCAUCAUCGCUGGAUACUGUGUAGAGGGCACACUGGCCAAGCACAUCAUGUCUGAGCCCGAGGAGAUCACCACCAUGUCGGGGCAGAAGCUGCAGCUGAAGAUCUCUUUCUCCGCCCACACUGACUACCAGCAGACCAGCGAGUUCAUCAGGGCCCUCAAACCACCACAUGUGAUCCUGGUCCACGGGGAGCAGAAUGAGAUGGCCCGUCUGAAGGCUGCCCUGAUCAGGGAGUACGAGGACAAUGACCAGGUUCACAUCGAAGUCCACAACCCUCGAAACACAGAAGCUGUCACCCUCAACUUCAGAGGAGAGAAGCUGGCCAAGGUGAUGGGCUCCCUGGCUGAUGAAAAGUGUGUUCAAGGCCAGAGAGUGUCGGGCAUACUGGUGAAAAAGAACUUCAACUACCACAUCCUCAAUCCCUCAGACCUCUCCAAGCUGGCCAUGAGCACACUGAAACAGACCCAGGCCAUCCCCUUCACUGGGCCCUACUCACUGCUCGUCUGCCACCUGAGGAGCCUCACUGGUGAAGUGGAAGAGCUUGAUGGAAUGGAGAAGCACACUCUGAAGAUUUUUUAAAAUAUCACUCUGAUCCACGAGGCCGGCAUGGUGCUGCUGGAGAGGCUAGGAAACCCUAUCAACGACAUGUAUGCUGACGCCGUCACCACUGUAGUGCUGGAAGUCCAGUCCAACCCCAAGGCUCAGAAAGCGAUGGAGACCCAGAGUGCCAUAUUGGACAUGGAGGUCUUCCAGAACAGACUAGGAGUCAUGUUGCAGGACAUGUUUGGAUUAGAUUGUGUGGAUUUCGGUGAUGGUAAAAACGUCUCGUUGACGGUAGAUGGGAAGACUGUUCACAUCUGCUUGGAAACGAGGUCGGUGUGCUACAAGGAUGAAAGCACCGAGGACGACUCCCUGAGAGAGAUGGUGGAGCUGUCAGUGCAGCGGCUCUAUGACGCCCUGAACCCAGUCAUCUGAGGAGAGACGGACUGCAGGCGUGUUCAAAUCCAGUCACCUUUAAACUACUGAGGCACAGAGUUUCUGAAGCUAAGUCAUCACGGAUGUAAACAUCAAGAUACUUCCACAAGUUCAGCAUUGAAAGCCGAUUAGAAGCUUGUAUUUGUUUGCUAAAAACCGGAUGUGUUCAGAAGAAUCAAUCAAUCAAUCAAUGUUUAUUUAUAUAGCCCAAUAUCACAAAUGUUACAUUUGUCUCAGUGGUCUUCACAGUUUGUACAGAAUAUCAGUAUGACAAUACGACACCCUCUGUCCUUAGACCCUCACAUCGUACAAGGAAAAACUUCCGAAGAAAACCACAGUUUAAAGGGAAAAAUGGGAGAAACCUCAGGGAGAGCAACAGAGGAGGGAUCCCUCUCCCA